ACACAAAACAUAGCCUGUGUGCCGUGUAUGUGUGUAUCGGGCUAACUUGGACACCUGCCGCAACUGCCUUUCGUGUUGCGAAUAGCGGCUCCCCAUUGCGGUGUGUACGACGGUAAGACAUGGAAGCGCUACUGAAGAGGGAGCUGGGAACUGCCAAGCUGAAAGCCACUGGACACUCCGGGGGCGGAUGUAUCAGCGAGGGCCUGAGCUAUGACACAGACUUUGGAAGAGUCUUCGCCAAGAUAAACUACAAGAACCAGGCUAGACAGAUGUUUGAUGGAGAGAAAGCGAGUCUGGAAGCCAUCUUGUCCACGAACGCCAUCAAAGCCCCGAGACCAAUGAAGGUUGUGGACCUCAACCAAGGCGGAGCCGUGUUUGUUAUGGAGCACGUGGACAUGAGAUUGCUGAGCAGGUACUCUGCUCAACUGGGGGAGCAACUAGCUGACCUGCACCUGCAUAAUAAAAGACAGAAAGAGAAACAGAUCAAGGCUGAGCAAACCAUUGGAAAAGGAUCCGGCCAGUCGGAGGUUCCUGUCGUUGACCGGUUCGGGUUCCACGUAGUGACGUGCUGCGGCUACAUUCCUCAGGUGAAUGACUGGCAGACUGACUGGGUGUCGUUUUACACCCAGCAGAGACUUCAGCACCAGCUGGGACUGGUGGAGCAGGCAUACGGGGACAGGGAAGCCAGGGAGUUAUGGGCCAGCCUCCAGCUGAAGGUCCCGCAGCUGUUCUCCGCCGUGGAGGUGGAGCCUGCGUUGCUCCACGGAGACCUGUGGAGCGGCAAUGCGGCCGAUUACUUGGACGGCCCCAUCAUCUUUGACUCGGGUUCGUUUUACGGCCACUCGGAGUGCGACCUGGCCCUCGGCAGCAUGUUGGGCGGCUUCAGCAGACGGUUUUACAAUGCCUACCACCAGAAGAUCCCCAAGGCCCCGGGGUUUGGGAAACGGCUGAAGCUCUACCAACUCUUCCACAAACUUAACCAGUGGAAUCACUUCGGCAACAGCUACAGAGAGUCCUCACUUUGCAUGAUGAAAGAUCUCUUGAAGUAGUCGCAUUCUGAGGUAAUAAAAAGAAUGUUUACAGGGAAAAGUGUUUGAACAUUGUUACUGGUAUGUCUAAUGCAAAUGUAAGAGAGUACAGAGAUUCUGUGUCCUUUCAGAAUGCCUUAUUUACAGGGCGGAGGCCUCUGCUGAGACCUCUGCAGGCUUCUGCAAAGGAUGCUGGGUAGGCUUCAGUGGACCUCAGGGUAAGAUAUAUGACCUCUCCACCAGGAUCAGGACUGUAUAGAAAACAAAUGUUCUUUAGGACAAGGUCAAGAGAAAUCUUCCAUAGGAAUGUAGUGAUAAUGGUUUUCAACUGGUGUGGGUGUUAUAUAUCAGUUUACAUAUAUUGACUAAUGUAUGAUUUGGAUGUAAUGGAGGCAAAUGCAAACUCCAAUAUUCAAAGGAAGGUGGGGUGAAUACAUAAUUGCUUGACAAAUGUAUAAAAAUGUGGGGGUUUUGUUAUAUUGUUGGACUAUUCUCCGGAUGGUGCCUCAAUAAUGCUUGUUAACGUUAACCUUCAAUAAAGGACAGGACCAGAUAUUCUUUUCUACUAA